AUGAGUGAUGGGCCAGAAGCGUAUUUGAGCGAUUGGGAGGAGGAGGAGGAGGAGGAAGAGCAAGUUGAGGUCGUGCAGCCCGUUCGGAAGGAUGAGCCGAUGAGUCCUGUUGCUGUCGUUCUCUACGUCGUCUUCUUCUACGUCGUUUGGCAGAUCCUCACGCGCGCCGACGACACCGAGAUCCUCGAACACCUUCCCAGCGGCUCGCCGCUGUUCACCGCCCAGCCGUCUUACGAGCGCAAUAACCCCCCUGCGCCCCAGUACCAGCUGCCAUACGCGCUGCAGCAGCUGCCCUCACCCCUUCCUCCGGCCGAAGCGCCCUCGACGUGGCGCUGGGUCCUCGCGUCUCUCAUCUACCCGGUCUACAUCGCCAUCACCCUCAUUGCCAUCCCCCUUCCCUUCCUCCUCAACGCCCUCAACCUUUUAACCAACAUAAUCGCCACAAUCAUUUACCCCAUCACCUCGACCUUCCGUCUGCUCGCGCGCACAUUUGUGCUCGCCCCGCUCAUCGUCGUCAGAGACUUCCUCUCCGCCCUCUACCCCGUCUAUGUGUUUGUCGGAGGCGUCGUCGGCGUGGGAGCGUUCCUUGGCGUCGCGUUCGGUUGGGCGGGCCGCAUCGUCCUGAACCUCGUCCUCCGGCCCCGUUCGCGUCGCCGCAAGGGUGGACGCUCCAAAUCCAAGCGCCGGGCCGGUACAUUGUCGAACGAGGAUGACUCGCCACCCACUCGCCGCCAUUCGCUCCCGCCCCAGUCUUCGACAUUCGCGAGUCAGCAGCGCUCGCGACCUGUCUCGGCCAGCUUCGAGGAUACAGUUUCCCGUCGCGCGUCGGGUAGCUACGAGCGCCGCUUCGUGCCGAUCGUCGACGUGAUCGAGAUCGACGACGGCGAGUACCUUCCGUACGAGCAGUCACAUACCACGGCGCGUCAAGGCGUUGUCCUCGGCGUUCGUCGGCGCGGCGGACGCGUCUGA